AUGGCAAAACAAAGUCUAAACCAAAUUGAUGACUUGAUAAGAAGGGUUAAUCCUGAAAAUCGUGAUUUAAUACGGCGAGAUAUAAUACAAGCAAUAAGACAUCCGCACACCGCACUAGUGUUGAAAAUUAGCCUAUACUAUUUCAAUGAUGGUUCAUCCAAAGAUUUAUUAUGUUUAACCGGAACAGUGGCUGUGACUUUUAAAGGUAGGCGUUACAAUAUACCUAUACAAAUCUGGUUGACCGAUGAUUACCCAAGUAACCCGCCUAUGUGUUAUGUGAGACCAACAUCCGAUAUGUACAUAGCAGUAUCGUACAAUGUUGAGUCUGAUGGCUAUAUUGUUAUUCCGUAUUUAACAUCAUGGAGACAUUCCUCAUCAGAUUUAGCUAAUUUAAUAUCGCAAAUGUCCGAUGCAUUUGGUAUUCUGCCUCCUGUUUAUUCAUAUCCUUCAGGAACGAACGCUACAAGGACACCGAUUGAGCCAAAUGGUUCAACAGCACUUCAUGUUGCUUCCUAUCAAGGUCGCAAAGAAAUCGUCGAACUGCUUCUACAAAAAGGUGCAAAUCAUGCAAUAAUCAACAAAUAUAACAGUACACCAUUAGAAGAAGCAAAAACAGAUGAAAUUAAACAAUUGAUCAUCACUCGUCGAAAAAAUACACGUUUUUGUAGUGUAACAGUUGAAUGGAUUCUAGCCACAAAUGAUGCUGAUUAUCAAGCACAUGAAUACUGGAAAAAGCUGGCAGCGUAUGGUAAAGAUCCAAAGUUUUAUCAGUUCAUCGAUCAUAUAAAACGGCAUUAUGUUGAAAAAGACUUGAAAGAAAUUGAUGGUAUCGACACUAUCAGAUAUUAUUUUGAUCGUGCUAUUGUGAAACGUGAUCCUCUCUAUUUGAUUACAGCAUAUACAGCUGAUACCGGUUUCUACUCUACACUUAAUGUCCACCUUGCUCAAUUACGUCUUGAGAAUUUAACAGCUGAGGACAACCUCAGCCGAGCCUAUCUUAUCGCUAUCAUAGCUCGUCAUCCAAAAUUUGAUGCACUAUCAUACGUUGGGACAACAUAUCGUGGUAUUUUGAUUACAAAUGAUGACUUAAAACAAUACAAAAUUGGCACACGUAUAUUAACAAAAACAUUUUCAUCGACGUCAAAAGAAAUGUCAGUUGCACGAAGAUUUGUCAGUAGUUCUGGUGGUGAUCAUAGAUUCGACGCAAUUUGCAUCUAUGAAAUAAGAAAUCAAAAUACAGCAUUAGAUAUAGAAAAAGUAUCUAUAUAUGAAGAUGAACAAGAAGUUCUAAUUCUACCAUAUUCAGCAUUCAAGAUAAUUGACAUUAGACGAGAUGAGUCCCAAAUUGAAAUUAACCUAAAAGAAUGUGAGCCAUGGGCUUGA